UAAAGAAUGAAACAAAGAUGGCGGCCUCCAUGCUGAGUCAAAGUAAGAACUUUACAUUUGAGUCGUAAUUUCUUUAUGCUUGUGACUUUUCAUACGUUAAAUUACUUUCCUAUUGCUGAAAAAUUUUCAGAGCAAAAGCUUCCUUCGGGCCAAAGUUCAGAUGAGUGGACAAUUAGAGAAAAACUGGCUUUAGCUUCGUCUGUGGUUCGAAGUGGCGAUCAAAACUGGUGAGACUAAGUGUUUGUUUUUACAGAGUUCGCAGUCUAUUAAUUCUGGUGUUUGUUACUAAAAGUGGUUUGGUUUGGUUUGGGUAAGGUCUAUUGCCAAAAGUUUCAAAUUUUAGAAGAUUAGACGGCGUUAUAAAUGUCUCGUGAACUUUAAGAAAGUUACCAAUCUACAGCGAAAAGUUCGCGUUUAUUCUUGUUACGUUAAGAACUUUAAUUUCUUUAGAUUUAGCUGCUUGUUUAUUAUAAAUUGUUUCUUCUGUUAGGGUUUCUGUAAGUCGUGGUAUCAAACCGCUGCUUGAAACAGGAUGUUGUGCUAAACCACGGCCACCUGAUUUCUUCUCUCAGAAGGUAUGCUUUGGUACAUACAUGUGUUUCACCAAUUUCAAACGAGUCUUUUGAUGAUUUACGUAAGCUUACUGGUACUGGAUACUAAAGCUUUACUUGGUGACAUUUAACACAUGUAUUGUUAUUUUUAUGUACAGAACUGUGCUGUACACUACUCAGAAAUGCUUGAAAAAGUGAACACACCAAAGUAAGUCAAAAUUAUAGCAUUGUUUGUAUGUAUUGAGUUUAUUAUUGACAGAUCUUAGAAUAACAUCUGUUGUAAGAGUCAGUGAAGUAACCAUAGUAUAUUCUGUAAUUUUUACAUUUAUGAUUAAAUGAUGUAUUUUUGUUGUUUGCAACUUCUUGUGAGUUACCACUUAUUAGUUAUGUAAUCCUUUCUUUUUAUUGCAUGAUAUUACAUAACAUUAUUCACAUCACGGUACAUUAUAAAUUUCUGCAACUUUGUAAGCUUUUCCAGAAUUUUUAGCUUUUUUGUAAUUUUCAAUAUGUUGAUAUUAUAUAUUCCACUUGAAGAAGGUGGCCUAAACCUUGUACAUUACAAUGCAGAAUCAUUCAAAAUUUUUCCCUCUGUGUUUCUGAAGAAUGCUUAUUUAACAUUUUGGAGAAGAUACUUGUAUUCAACAAUGCUUCAAUAUUUUCUCCUUCCCAUACAUUACCUGUGAUCAAAAUUUUCCAGUCUGUUCUCAGACCUUUCCUUUGAAAUAAUGACUGCUUUGACAUAAACCAUGAUCUCAUAGAGGUAUUUAGCAAUCAUACUUUUUAUCUUACUCUGUGUUUGAAAAAGUGCAUUUGUUUGAUUGUAGGAGGAAGCGUACUAAUGAAGGAGGUGGGGCUGGUAAGACCACUGAAAUAGGCUUUUAUAUGUUCAUGAUAUAUGCAGCAAGUAAGGGUCCCAUCUGAUGUUUUCAUUCUAAUUUGUCUUGUCUUCUUUCUGUUUGAUGUAGAAACACCUGGUGACCAAAUUGUUAGAAAAUUGACCUUUGAUAGAAUUGAAGAAUUAAAGAAAUCUAUCAGAAAUGAUCAACAAACCUACAAGUAAGAAACAAAUCUGAUAUACUAGAAUACCAUUUUCCUUGCUACUACAUGCAAUGUUUGGAGAGCUAGCAGUUUUCAUGCCACAAGAUGAUAUUUAACUCUUUGAUGUCCUUUCCAUGUUAAAUUCUCAAUCCUUUUCCUGCUCCACCAGGAGCAUAACUAGGCAACCCUGCAUACCCAGAUUUCUUUCUGAUUAGCCUCUCAAAAACAGGAAAUGUAGUACAUGUUGCUUGUGGGUUAGUGCACUGGACUCUAGGUGGAAAGAUCUUGGUUUUACCCUUUCACCCUUAAGAGUGACCAACAUCUGAUUUCUCCUUGCGAUAUCUUCCCUGAAUCACACAUGAAGGUCACAAGAAUAAUGGAAAUGAUCACCCACUAAAGAAAUAGUUGUGAAAAUUUCAGAAAAAAUGAAUAAAUAUUAAGCAUGUAAUGGCAUCUUGUGCCAUGUGGCACUCUUGGGUGGGAAAGGGAUAAAUUAUUAAACAAAUUCUCCUUGUCAGCACCUUAAGAAAUGAAUGAUAAACAGUAUGGAGAAUGUGCGUACUGAUAUUAGGGUGUGAAGGGUUAAACUCAGACAGGGUAACUUUUUGCAUCCUUGUAUUAGACUCUAAACUCUCACAAUGGCUUGGUCUGCCAUUAGAUAUACAUAGCUAGCAAUAAUACUGUUGAGGUAACCUUACCAAAUAUUUAGGGGGUUCCUGCAAUGAACUAGCUUCUGGUUAAGUAGUUGUACUCUUGGACAGUUGAUGUUGCUUAAACUAGGAUAGACUCAGGUAGGAUGGGAUUUUUGGCACAAAAGGCGACUUUUCCUUUAACUAGUCUCGUGUACAGGAAAUGUGUAUUGGUUCAAUAUAGUAUGCAUGCUGAUCAACGAUAGAGGAGAUCAUAAGGGACAGCUGUGAAACAUUCUCCUUGAAAAGUUUGAGUUUUGUCCAAAGAUCCUUUUCAAAAGUGUUCUCUUAUUACGUAAGCACUCGCAUGCAAUUUAGUAAUUUAUGUAACUUUGGUAUUUAAUUGAUAAGAUUGUUAUUUUCAUUCACUAAGUGUUACAGUACCUGUUAUGUUGUAUGUUUAUUUUACUCAGUAACCUAGGAAGCUAACCAAUCUUACAGGAAACUUAAGGACAGAAUAGAAGAAGUACGAAGUGGAAAACUUGACCUUCAGCUUCCUGCCUUGUGGGAGGAAAUUAAAAUGUAUGCACAAAUUUUUCUAUUUUUUCUAAUGAAAUUAUUUCUAAACAUGUUUAAGUAGUCUGCUGACUUUGCAUGGAGCCUUGGUAGUAAUGUUACAAAUUUUUCACUUGUAGAGAGCAGGUAUGAAUGCUAAAGGUGUCAUUCUUAUUAUGGUGGAAGUUUAAAACUCCAAGCAAAUAUUUGGUAAAUAUUGUGAGAAUCUUGAUGCUAAUGACAAAUAUUACAUGUGAAUUAUUUUCGUUUCUUUGUUUUCUAAAGGAAAAAGAAGAUGAGGCCACCACCUGCCCCCCAGCAAGAAGGGGACAGCUCUGGACCAGUUACCCCGACCACACCCACCACACCCACCAUGCCCAUCACCCCUACUACACCUGGAGCACAACCAGGGGUACAAACAGGUACUUUCACCUUCACAUUAUCAUUUGCAGAUAGGUUUUUUUUAGGUGGAGUACAAAUGAUCUUCUCUCUUUGCAAACUGAUUUGCAGGUGGUGCCAAACCUCAAGGAAGUCAACCCCUGUCCUCUCCUCAGAAAGGGAAACAACUGAGAGUUCCUAAGCCAACAGCAAAGUAUGCACAAUAUCAAUUUUUGUUUUCAGUAUUAAUCAAAACUAUAGCAAAAUUCUUGAACAUGAUUGGUUAUCACCAGGCAGAUUUGAGCACUAAUAGGUUAGUGUACACAUCGUGCUUGUAAUUGGACAGUGUAAUAGGACAGUUAAAGGGACAGUUCAUAUGUCAUACCUGUGUAAGUGGACAGAAUAGCAUCAUAUGCACACUGUUGUCUUGUAUUUCUCAGAGUUAACUGUUUUUUUUUUAAUGAAAACAUACAACCGAUGUCUAGUUUCUUUCAAAUUUUGUCAUAGUUUUGAUUCAUUGGUAAUAGGGCUUCAUGUCGUCCAAUUCUGUUUGUGAUCAUACUCAUGAUUAACAGAUUGGACUCCUGCUUUGCAGUCAUCCGAUCACUUGUAUGAUUACAGACAGAAUUGGAUGACGCUAAGUCCUAUUACAAUUAUAAAUAGCUCGUAAGUAGUUUUUGUACAAAGUUGCUAAAUUUUUAAGGGGUCUGUACAUACUUGAAUAAAUUUUCCCAUUCUUGAAGUGUAUAGUUCUUGAAAAGCUACAUAUUGUUAUGUUUAGAACUCCUUUCUGUGCAUUAUCAAACAUUCUGUUCCUUUACAUGCUUGGAUACAAGAAAAAAAACCACUUUAGCGAUUUGGCAUCCCUCACUAAAUAUAUGCAUUAUAAUAAUUAUUAUUAUUACUAAAUGUUAAAAAAGUCAUGUACUGCCAAGUUGGUUUUAAUCACUCUGAAUCUCACACGCACCCACUGACCACAUGACCUAAUUGUGUUGAUAAACCUGAAUGACUGAGGCUUAUAUGUAUAUGCAAGGCUGCCAAUAAGUUUUGUCUGUAGGAAAGUCAUUUGUCUAUGCCUGCAAGUCUUGAUAAAGUUGACUUAUUCCACGUAGAUUUCAGAAGUAUCAGAAACAGCUUCAACAGAGACAUGGACAUUCUUCUCAAUCUUCCCCAAUCAGUCAGACACCUGAUGGACUGGCCACCACCCCUGUGGACAGGUCCCCUUUAGAUGGAGGAACAUUCUCACCAGGACUUGGAGGAGGGCCUUCUGGAGGACUAGGACAAAGUGGAUCAUUUCCAAGUGCAACUCAGGUAGAAAACAAGUUUUGUUGCCAUUCAUUUGUCUCUCAUGAGAGCUGGUUUCCUGUUAAUUCUUUAAUCAUUGUGCAUAUUAUUAUCGAACAAUAGCUUGUCCCCAUGCUAACUGUUGUCAAUAACUAUCGCUUGAGCUGGACUUUGAGCAGAAAUAUUACUUUUUUUAUUUUACUAAACAUCAUUAAACCAUCAGUCCUUUUCAGUGCUACCUUACUCCAAUUUUUAUCACAUAAUUGUGAAAUCCAUAUUUUUACAUUUUACAUCCACAACAUGUUAAGUGAGGUGUUUCAAAUGACUUUACUACUUAGCCAAGCCAAGCCAACCAAUGCCAAGUAGGAAGAUUUUCAGAGGGCUGUUGGUUAGGAAUUGGCUCUAAUUGAAUUCUCACAUGGAACUCAGGGUUUUUUUUUUGUUCCAAGGUAAAGACAAAUGUCUCAGGUUUUACUUGUAUCAUUCGGACCAUCUGUCCCAAUGUACAUGUAUGCUGUCAUUUUCGAUAUUAUUGCCAAUAAGAUUGUGUUGGUUGCAGAGCUCUAAGGGAGAACCAAUGGAUGUUGACUUGAGCACCAUUUUGGCUUCUGACUCACAAGGUGACGUGGUCCCUCAGGCAUCUCCUCGAAAAACAGAUCGUGUACCUCAAAGCCCACUGAGACCACAGAGUGGUGCAUCAGCACCAUCAGUAGCCAGCUCUCAGGGUUCUAAUGAAUCUCCAUUAGUUUCAUUGCUAUCUCAGCCAUCCUCAAAGGACAGUAAACAGAUAAGAAGGGCCAGCAACCCUGAACAGGAGAUGCCCCCAACUAAGGUACCUUUAUUUGCAUAGAAACUGUUUUGUGUGUGACCAAGUAGACACAAUUGUUUUGCUUUAUUUUUUUUUUUUUUGUCAUCCUGAGGUCAAAAUAGGAUUCAUUUUGGUUUUUUUGUGAUUGGAUUCCCUAACAAGGAACAAACAACCCACUAAACCUUGCCCCAUUCCCAUGUCUGUCAUUUCUGAGCUGCAAGUAGUACCCAAAUGGUAUGUGGGAGGGACAGGUUUGAACUCUGUGAAUUGUGAAUUUUUUUGUGGGCUUCUUUUUCUGCAAUUUUUUUCUGUGCCCAUGAGAAUUAUUUUGUUAUUUGUUAUAAUCCACAGGUCAGAAUGUUAUUUAUGAAAAUCAAACAGACAAAUAGCAGCUAAAAAACAACUGGGGACAUGAAAAGGAUUUACAUGUACAACUUGUUAAGGACAUAACUUGACAUUUAUGUGGAAGACUUUGCCAUGUCAGAAGUACUUCAUUCAUAAAAUCAUCUUAUACUGUACUUUCAGGAGCUUGAGAGUCAUUCCUCACAAAGUGGUCAGCUAUCUGAGCCACUACCAACUCCACACUCAACAGCAUCCCAAGGUACUGGCCAGACCUCAGACCCACAAAAAUCUGAUGGAAAGCAUUUUUUAGGUAAGAGAAUUAAUUUUCACCCCACUAAUAUGCUUCAAAAUGUGUCCCACUGACACUUUUGCUGGAUAAUUUUCAAGGAUGAGAACACAUAGUAACCCCUCAAAAAUAAAAGACAUUCUGUCAUUGGUGAUAAAAUUGUAAAUAUGAGAACUGAAAACUCAAGCUGUGAUAGGAAAAUAUAAUAUUUAUUGCAAUUGCAUGAUUGAGAGUCAAUUUUAUGGUCAAGCUAUCACUUGAAGAUUAUAACAUAACAACUGCUAUAUAGCUAGUCUUGUGUAGAAAUAUGAAAACUUAUUUAACAUAGCAUAUGAAAAUUUUGAUGAUGAUGAUAAGACAUCCCAGCAAAGAAUACUACCUUUAGGUGCUAGUUGUUAAUCCAGUUAUGUACAGAAUUAAAUUUGUAUGGCAGUUUGAUUUUGUUUUAUUUCAUUAAGGCAAAUUUUAUCGCUUACACUUAAAAGGAUUUUAUGGUACAAUAAGGCAAAAGCUUGAGGAAACAAAAUAUAAGUGGUAAAGCUGUCUGCAAACAUGUGAACUAAAUAAAAAACUUGCACUAGCCUUCUUUUAGUGUAGUUGUUUAAAUUCAUUGGUUCUUGUUGUUUGUUUGUUUGUUUUUAUUUGGGGUUACUCCCUCGAUGGAACCCAAAAGCUGGACUCCAUACGGAAAGAAAAGGAAAAAAUUUGUACACUACAAGUUUUAAUUUGUAUUACUUUGCUUUUAAUUUUUGUUGGUUAGGGGUUACUCCCUCCAUGGAGCCCGCAAAGCUGGACUCCAUGAGGGAGAGAACAGGAAACACACCUCAAGUCGCAGCUCCAUCAGUCACCGCCCCCACACUUUCUAAACUUCUUGCUGAUACUCCUGCUACAUCUCCCUCUGUCAACUCUGUUUCAUCACUUGGAGGGGCAGUACCUAAGGUAUUCUGUGGCUGCUUCUAACUCCUAAAUCAUGUGGCAUUUUGAUUCCAAUUGUCCCAGAAAGCUUCCCAUAUGCAAGUGUUUCAGAAGCAACUCUCUCCCAUCACCAAAUGAAGGCUAUAAGGGAACCUAAGCACAGACAUUUCUUGAAAACAGCCUCCAGGGCUCAGUUGUUAUAAAGGGCAGAUAACACUAUCCAACAGAUAAAUUGCUGUCUAGCAGAUAAUUGAUAACAAAAUGUAUAGUAUUAUCCACCAUAUAGAGAUUUAUCCAGUGGAUAGCACUAUCCAACCUUUGAACAACCAGGGCCAGAAAUAUGAUGCAAGCACUUCCUGUGUGCUUUGACAUCAUUCAGUCUGUUGCAAAGUGGUCAUUUCAGUAUUUGAAAAGUAAAUGGUACAGAAAAUAAGUGUCUGUCACAAGCACUAAGGAAAAGAACUCUCAACUUCUAGUGGCUAUUCAUGUCUAACAAAACGUUUGUGCUUAUGGGUAACUUCCCUAUUUUGCUGUGAACCCCACCAUCCUUUUGUAAAGGGUUCUGUAAAUAACUGGUUAGCUUACAUAUAAAAUUGAUUUCUAAAUGCUAUUUGCUUUAAGUCAAUUUGCUAUUUAAAAUACCUUGCCCUGAUCCUUAUUUUAAAGGGUAAUUUAGUAUUAUCAACUAAGUUGAUAGCGUAAAUUGGCCACCAUAAAGAGUUAAAAAGCUGAUGUUUGGAGCGAUAGCCCUUUUUCUAUCGCUCUGACAAAGGGCUAACGCUCAAAACGUCAGCUUUUAAACUGAAUCAGUUGAUAAUACUUAAUUACUCUGAUAUACUCUCCCACUGAUGCAGCACCACAGCUUCUUUAGAAACUUACCCCCCCCCCCAAAUUUAAAGGCUUAUUCACUGUAUACACAACCUUUUUAUAGUUACUAUUCACCAAAAAUUAUAACUCUCUUUUAAGACCCCAGGAGGUAUGGAUUCCUCUGUAUUGGUGGAGCCAUCAACAGGGACACCCGUAGAAAACCCUUUAUCUGUGAUUGGGAGUGGCAGGGGCACCACAGGAGGUAUAGUUUCAUGGUUUUACUGCUAUAUGAUUUCUAAGAUAGGCCACAUACUGCUAUACACGUGUAUGUUGUUGAUGGAACUUUAAAAAAAGUGAGAUGCUAAGACAGCACAGUUUUAUGCCUUAUAUCAUGGUUGGUUUUACUUCAAAGAGGUUAUUAACAAAACAAGUGGACAUUUGCUUGCUUGUUGAAUUUUUUUGUUUUAUGCCAGUGUAAUGUAUGGAAGAAGUGACAAAACUUGGAAGGAAUUUUUUUAACACAGAUCAACAGCAGGAUUGUGUGAAAUCACACAAUAUCACGUAGUAUGGAUCUGAAAGCUGCACUUCUUUGGACAUGUAAUUGUAAUAAACAUGUAACUGGACUGAUUUGAGCUUUCACAAUGUGUAUACUUUUUGUUGUACCAGAAGCAUACGACGUUGGUUAAAUGCUUCUGUUAGCACUCAAUGAGGCUGUUAUUUAAUUACUAGGCACUCAAGCUGUUCUCAGCGUUUCCACACCCAUACCAGCCAUCUCAGUCAAUCCCAAGGUGAGUUAAUCGCCCAAAUUCCUGGUUUUUCCUUGAAAAUCAUGUAAUAAAUGUUAUGAAGAUGAUAUCAAUUUACAGUUUUUGGUAUAUAUCGACUUUUUCGUAUCACGUGAAGUUUCAAGAGACUUGAACAUGCCACUUAUUAAAGUUGCACACUGAUGUUGACGGUUGAUUUCACUUUAAGGCUUUCCUUAUUUAUUGUCUGGUGUACUAUCUUUAAACAAGAAUAAUUUGUUCGUUUCUAGGCUGCUGCUCUGACCGCGACUUUGCCCUCCCCUUUGGCAAUUACACCUCCACCCACUACCCCUCCGGCAGACAGGAAGGUUAGUUUAACCAGUUGUAAUCAAUUUUAUAUGUAUAUAUGUAUGUGUAAAUUUUUCCACUUGACACAUACGUAAGAUUCUUAUUUGUUUUCAUAAUGCAGGAAAUAAUAGCCCAAAAGUUUGAACCAGCGGUGAAAAAUUCCGAGAAAAACAGCGGUACGGAAAUUACGAGCGACGAUCACGAAAAUGACGCCAACACUGCCCGAGCCUCCACUGAACGGUCAGCGCCCAUCCCUGAAGUAAAAGUUGAGACUAUUGAGACCCCAGUUUCUUCUCCGCGAGUCCAGAAACGUGCGUCCAAACCCGGGAGGCCUGGUGAGGGAUGAACUCAGUGGAUAAUGUCAAGAGUCAGUUUUCUCACGCUUUGGUAUUGAGUCACGAAAGUCUUCUCUUUUUUAGGUCGACCAUCAAGAGCAGCACGAAGGAAUCAACGACAUCGCAGCAAAUCUGCAACCUCGACGGUACGCGUCACCGUUUCUGUUAAUCUUCCCAUGCGGAAACGUAAAUCAAACCACUAUGAAUCAAAUUAUUUUAGAACAAACGAUUUCAUUUCAUCCCAUAGGACAAUGAAGGUGACGUAGAAGAGGAUCAUGAAGAGGUAUGGAGUAUGAGAAGAAAACUUGUUAAUCACUUCCUCAAAAUCAGACCUCGAUAGUAUUAGAUCUGAAUAAACUCUAGCCCCGUUUGGUGUAUUAUUUCUUUAAGAAUUUUAUUAAUGUUUUCUUGGAGGGCUAUUCAUUGAUACUCUAUUUUUUUUCUCUCAUCUAGGAAUCCAAAAUGGAGACUUUAGAUGUGGAAUCUGAGAAGGCCAGUGAAAAGACGGAAGACGAAGAAGAAAACGAGUCGAUUGCCGAGGAAAAGAAAGAGGACAGCGAUGAGGAGAUGGAGCGGGACAGUGGAGACGAGGCAGUGUCUGACCAAGGGGACCAGAGUCAGUCUGAGAAGGAUGAACCCUGCACCUCCAUGAAAGAAUUCUUGAUGGACAAGGCGGGAUCUGAAUCGGUCCCCGGUAGCCCCGCUUCUCAAGUGUCCCAAGGGUGCGUGCCGCUGGUGCAUGUGUACUGCUGUUAGUCCAAAAUGUAAAUUGAUUAAACGUGUUUGUUUAUUUUGUUUAGAAGUAGUGACGAACAAGAAGCCAUUCAGGCACAGAAAACGUGGAAAAAGUCAAUAAUGCUGGUCUGGAGAGCUGCAGCCAAUCAUAAGUAAGAAUGAUGGUUUAAUCCUCGAUCAGUACUUCCCUCAUCUAGUUGUUACAUGUUUCCUCAAAGAUUAGUCAACAGAAUCUGGUGUCAAUUCAAGAUUCCAAUGUCCACCUGAUGUUUUUGUCUAUCGUCAUUCCUUUAAUUUUGGUUCAAUUCAUUGAAAUUAAGAGGGUUCGAUACAUAUUAAGCUUUUCUUUCUAGGAGUCUGAUUAUUGUAGUCUUUUGUUCGCCGUUGAACGCAUUAUGUUACUAGAAAAAGUAUUUUCCAACAUACGUUUUUAUGUAUUCUAGUUGAGUGAAAUUGGUUAGGCUUGCGAGAUCUUAGUAUAAAGUACCCUAUGAUCAGCUGGAGCCCACACAAUAUCUUGAAUGAGUGAGGAAAAAUAAACUGGGUUUUAGUAGUGGCACAUCCACCAGGUUUACAUCACUGCCCUUCUCUGCUCUCCUCUAAUGACUUCUCAACUCCUCUAAAUGAAAUACAUUUCAUUUCUAUCUUUGUUUUAUCAGGUAUGCAAACGUUUUUCUGCACCCAGUUACUGACGAUGAGGCUCCAGGUUACCAUGGCAUUGUUUUCAGGUAAAAAAACGUGUAAGGGACUCAACUCGUGCUGUAAGAGAAGAGUCUGUAGACAAGUAUAACUUACUGACUUUCCGGAGCUUAUCAUGUUUCUAUGUCAUGCAUAGACUAGAGCAUUUCCAAUCCUUUCAAGUGCCAAUCAAUCAAAAGUCUCCCCAAGGUGUUCGUUAGGUUUCCCUGAAUGCUGAACAAGUUGAUUAUACUUACUCUUGGGUAUAGAGCUACUCUUGCCUCAGGACACAACAUGACCCGGCCACGGCUUCCACCGAUCAGGCCCCACUCGACUCGGAGUCCAGCGCGCUAACCAUAAGGCCGUUAUGUCUCUCACACCAUUACUGAAAACAUGAGAAAAUCAUGAGAUGGAACCAUCUGACUACUCUAAAUUAAUGAGCCUUAGAACAAGUGACCCUCUCUAAAAAAAAAAGUGAUUGAUGAAUUGGAAAUUGAAGCACCUUGUUAUCUGCUGAAAUAUCAAGGAAGUAGUUCCCUCUAGUACGACAACCAUUAGACAACGAUCCAUCACAAUAUCCCAAUUUAAGCCGUCUCAUCUUUUUGCAGACCUAUGGAUUUAUCAACGAUAAAAAAGAACAUUGAAAAUGGGGUAAGAAUAUAACAUGAAUUUGAAGUCUGUCUGUAUUUGAGAUGUUUUUAGGUUGGAAGCCAGGCGUAUCUUAACCCUAAGAGUGACUAGCAUCUAGUUUCUCCAGACAGUAUUACCCCUGAAUCACACAUUAAGGUCGUGAGAAUAGCGGAAAUGACCACCAACGAAAGACGCUUUUGAUCGGUAAACAAAUUCUCCUUCUCAGCACCUUAGGAAAUGUAUAAAGAACAGUAUGGAGAAUAUGCAUACUGAUGUUAGGGUGCAAAGGGUUAAUGAUUUGUUUGACAUUACCACGCUAAUAUCACCGUUUUUUCGUUUCAGACCAUUCGUACAACAAGCGAAUUCCAGAGAGAUAUGAUGUUGAUGUUUCAGAAUGCUCUCAUGUACAACAGCGCUGAUCAUGACGUGUAAGCAACUGCUUUGUUGUUCGUCACAUAUCUAUGUCAGUAAAAUGAGGUUGUAACUGGUUAUUUGAACGAACGUCUACUACUGAGGAUACAUUUUCGACAUUUCCACUUAUCCUUUACUGUUCUUAAUUCAAGGUAAAGCUUCUUUAUGUCUUAAAUUCCUCGUCUCUUUCAGGUAUCGCAUGGCGGAAGAGAUGCGUGACGAUGUCAUGGAACAAAUCCAGGUAAACACAUGUGUAGGAUGCAUGGUGGAGAAAUUCGCUUACAGUUUAAAUACUUCAAGAAAUAUUCUUUAUUUGCUUUCAGUCGUACAUUGCCACUCAGAUUAUGGUCGAUUCAAAGAUGUUACGGGGCCACAGACAAGAUGGUUAGAUGUCUUUGGUUUUUAUUUUCAUGUGAUUUUCAUUUAUUAGCUCGUUUUUUGUAUGAUCGUCAAAGGUUGUAGUGUCAGUGUGCUAACAUUUUUGUUCAGAGAAAGUCAAAUUUUUAGAAGUCCAAUUAUAUUUCCAAUUUCUUACGUGUCAAACGUUUAUUUCUUACAGUGUUUCACAUCUUCUUAUGAGCUUCAUCAUUUACCUAGCUCGAAGGUGAGCUCUAGAUCGCAACUUUUUCUUUUUCUUUUAUUUCGACAAAAUCAUUCCAAACUACCUUGAGUCAGGGGGGAAAAACAUAAAUCGCAACGCGAAAUUGGCAAAUCGUUAUCUAAUUCCCUUUUUAAAGGAAAAGAAACCCUUUUUGCACAGCGAGCAAACAAAAAAGUCGUCGAAAAAAUCUUCUGGCCUAACGGUCAGAAGUUUGCACUUAUUAGUAAGCGUCGUAAUUCUUAACUUCCUUAAAAAGGCUAGUUAUUAAUGAAAACAUUUGGAAUCAUCACCUCUUACGUCCUGCUCUACUGAGGGCACAUGAUCAGCGAUGGUGUUACCUAGAGAUUCCAUCAAAAGAAGUUGAAGAAGUAGAGGAUAAAACAAAUGAUAAGUACUUUUUUUUCAGCUCGGCCGUAUUAACGUUAAGUUUUCUUUUACAGGCUUUCAACUCGGCCUAUCGGGAUGUCUUCAUCGAUCUCUUUUCCGAAGUGGACGGGCUACGUUCCAGUUUAAGUCACGGUCUUAGCAAAUUCAUGGAUAACUUUGUGGGGAUCAGCUUUCGAUUUCGGGAAAGUUUUUAUACAAUACUAAUUCUAUUUUCGUUGGACUUAGCUACGAUUAAAAGGGAUUUGGUUUGA